UGAUCCAAAAUAGCCUAGCCACAUGUAUAAAAGAGUUUAUUGGCCAAUGCAAAGGGAAAACGAAAUGGCUUUCAUCAUGAUAUUCCUCUUCUGUGCCUCUGCCCUUUUACCACUGCUUGUUACAGGGGAUGUCCCACCACCCUGUGUUUUUCCAUUUAUUUACCACCGGCAAUCUUAUUCUUCAUGCACCAACAUUGGAACAGGUGAGAAGACAUGGUGUGCCACAACUGCAAACUACGAUACAUCUCCUAAGUGGAAGUAUUGUUCCCCUCAAGAGUACGGUGGCAAUUCUGGUGGGAAACCCUGUGUCUUCCCUUUCACGUACAAGAAACGGACAUUUUACACCUGUACUAAUGAAGAUGCAGCAAUCGGAAGGUUCUGGUGUGCAACAACAGGAAGUUAUGAUAAGGACAAGCAAUGGAGCUACUGUGCUGAUACAAGAUUAGCUGCAAAUUCUCAGGGGCCAUGUAUCUUUCCAUUUAUUUACAAGGGAAAGUCCUACUCCUCUUGCACAACUGCUGGGGCAUCCACUGGAAAGCUCUGGUGCUCUCUCACCAGUAACUAUGACACAAACCCCAGGUGGACAUACUGUGAUCCUUCAGAACCACGUCCCUGUGCGUUCCCCUUCAUUUUUGGAGGGAAAUCGUACUCUACCUGCACCAAGAAAGGCUCUGCUGAUGGCCAGCUAUGGUGUGCCACUACCAAUAAUUAUGAAAGGGAUAGCAAAUGGAAGGCAUGUUCUAUUCAAGAGUACGGAGGGAACUCAAAAGGCAAGGUCUGUGUCUUUCCUUUCAUUUAUAAAGGGAAGACAUUCAAAAGGUGCACCAAUGAAAAUAGUUCUGAUGGACGAUUUUGGUGUGCUACAACCAGGAACUAUGACAAGGACAAGCAGUGGAGCUACUGUGCCGACACAAGUAACCAAAACCAAUGCCUGUGAUUCCACCUAUGAAAAUUUGCUAAUGGGGCAUGUGAAAAAUCUAGCUUUCCCCUUUCCUUUAUGUUCAUUUCUCAAAUUCAUGCCAGGCAUCACAGUGCUAGGAGUUCUACUACACUCGUCGGUGAGCUGCUUUGUUGAAUUGUCUAUUAACUACUUUAUAUACUUAUGAAUAUGUUUCACCAGUAAUUGCCAGCGAAACUGGAGGGAUCAUCAAUAGGAUGGGGGCUCUUGUCAACCCAGGUUUUUGGGUUUAUUAUUAUUUUUUAUUAAAAUUUCUAGACUUACAUAGGAGUAUGCAGGAUAACCAUUUUGUGGUGCCAUUUAAAUUUAGCGAGGAACUAUUCAGUUUUGAUUCUAUCUUUGCUUGAUUCUUCAAUAAACAUUCCAUUGUGUUGAUUAAA